UGUAUAAGAGCGCAGCAGCCGCUGUCCGUCAGCUUGGUGCUGAAAACAGAGGAACCUGAGGCGGAAUCCCGGGAGAGGAGCACAGAAAAAGACCUCAACAGAGCCACAGACGAUCAUUAACAGCAGACAAGAACACACACAACAGAAACAAGCUCGUAGUGCAAGCAGCGGGUUUGUGCAUGAGAGCAGGACUUCCAGCAGCUGAGUGUGAAUGACGAAGGUGGAAUCCCCCGCUGCUCCCACGGAACUGCAAGUUUUUCUGAUCUCACUUGCUGCUUUCAGCAGCCGUGUCCUAAGUUGCCAUGACCAGAUACCAUGGUGCCUCAAGUACCCUUACACUCCUGGUUCUCCUGACAGCAACGUCCUUCCUCCAUCUGUCCACCCCCAGCCCUCUCAGCAUGAAUGAAGAUGCUGAUAACCCACACAGAGACACUUUUCCUGGUUUAAUAGUGUCUGGAAACAGAGAAAGAAGGGACGAGGAGAGACGAAUAAUACCAAAAGAACAAGCUGAGGAAGAAGAAGAGCUUUUCAAAGAUGUUGAUCCCAAAUUACUAGCGACUAUUUUACUGGAGGCAUUGAAUCGCUCACAUGUAGAGGGGAGCAGGGAAGGAGAAGAGCAUGAUGGAGUGAAAGAAAAGAUAAAGGCUGAGAGAGGGGAGAUUAAAAAAGAAGAGGCAUACAGGGAAGUGAGACCAAUGGAGGAAGUAGACCAAGACAGAGGUGGGCGACAGGACUUUGAGCUUCUGAUGGCCGCACAGGGAAAGGAGCAGGAGAGAAAGGAGGAAGAUGAGAAGAAAAAAGCUCAGGAAGAGGAGGAGAAGAUGACUGAGAAGGUGAUCAGUCGUACCACAAGCCAGACCGUUCAGAUGCAAAUGGAGCAGCAGCCCACUAGUUCAGAUGGAAGAGAAGAGAAUGACCAGGGUGCUGCUUUUCAACAAGGAUCGACCAAUCCUGAUCAAGGCAGCCAUGAGGAGGAGGAGCAGCUCAGCCCUGAGGAGCUGAAGAGUCUCGAGACUAUGAUGAAAGAGUUUCCUCGCCUGAAUACAGCCACUAAGAGGGAAGGAGGUUCAGAGAAAAAACAGAGAGAGAGCAGAGGUUACAGCAGCCACAAUGACAUACUAACAAAUAAAGGCAGUGACCUUGCUAUGUCCAAGAAAAAACUAAAAUGGCAAGAGGAGACACAGAAAGCCUUGAACUUCCCAACUUUUAGAGGAGGAAAUUUUAUGGAUGAAUUUGAGGGCAAUAUUUAUGGCAGCAAUGCAGCACAGCCACAACCUCCAGCAGAGCAGGAGGUGAUGAAAGAUGAUGAAACAGAGGAGGAGCAAGAUGAGGAGGUGUUAAGUCCUGAGGAGGAGGAGGCUCGGGCCAAAGCAGAGCAAGAAGAGAUGAGGAGGCAGGCAGCUGAGGCACAAAGAGCCAAGUUGGAGGAGGAGAAGUUGGCUGACAUUGCCUCAGACAUGCUGCUGCACUACAUGGUCAAACAAAAUAACGGCAACAAGAAGUAUACGUCGUCCCUGUCCAACGCUGCAGAGGACAAGAGGUCUGAUGAGGAACAAGAAGUGACAGAGGAGGAUGAUAUUGAUCCUCAAACCAUUGACAAGCUGAUUGAGAUCUCCAGUAAGCUCCACCUCCCUGCUGAUGAUGUAGUAGACAUCAUCAGCGAUGUGGAGAAGAAGAAGAAGAAGGACUUGCCAACUGAAAUAACAUCACGUUGGCGACGACCCUUAUCACCCCUGACUUCUCCACUCUCCACUGCAUUGCAGAUUCCAACUGUUCAAAAUAACUUACCUGUCUCGAAGCAGCCACCUCCAGCUGUUAACCUACUCAAAACUUGGUUCCAGGACAAAACGCCAAAACCUCUAUUAGCUAAUAAAAAUAUUUGGCCAAAACCUCAGAAGCUUCCAUCAAUCAAACAAGAACUCUGGCUCACACCACCCAAGUCGGUUUGGUCUCGCUAUCCUUUUUACUCCUACACUUACCCUCCUUACUAUCAGAGGAAUCCCUACCCAGACUAUUACCCCAUCUAUUUUCCUCCUCCCCCCAGGCCCAGACCUAAGUACUUCAUCCCUAAAUCUGCUGUCACCCUCAGCAACUUCCUGGGUAAUUCCAUGGAUAACACGUACACUUUCCCUCCCAAAAGGCGAUACCGCAGCUGGGUCCAACCCCAGCUGAGGCAACCGCCCCCAGGCCUCCAGCAGAAGUCCUACUACACCAGCUAUCCAGACUCACUUUACCCCCGGAUAUUUCAGCCAGCACCCAUCCCCAAAGCACGUUCCCCUCUCCAAAUGUCUGUGAUUCCUCCUCAGCAAAAUCAGUUUUUUUAUUCUGCCCCAGCAGUGACAAGAAACAAAGAUUAUUACAUGGCUGAAAAGCAGCCAAAAAACAGCAACCAUGACGACUUGGAGAAAUACUUACAGCAGAUACUCAUGAGGAGACAACAGAUGAAAGACUGAAGGAAGCAAAAGAGGAAAGAGAGAGAGAAAAAACAGAAAAAAGGAGUCAUGAGCAGUAAAGAGGGUAUUUCUUUAUGAUUUUCUUCUGUUGAUAUUGAAGUAUUGUUUUACAACAAAUUUAUUUCCCUUCUCUGAUUGGUUGAGAUAUGAAAAGUCACAGAGGACAUUUUCCAGAGACAGUCUGGAGAAAAUCAAACUUUGGAAUGAAAAUACAAGGACAUGUGCACAUCUUCACUACUUUCCUCUGAAGCAGGGGAACCAGAACGAAUGUGAUCUGUUGGAAAGUUUAGCCUGGCAAAGAUUUGUGUCACAUGCUAGAGCUUUUCGUCAACACUCCCAGCAUGACAACAUUCUCCAUUGGACAUUUUCUAAUGCCAACAUUGGAGGACGCUUAAAUAUGUUGUUACUUGUAUGUUUUUCAUUGUCAGAGAGAGAGUCGAAUGAAUCGCAGGCUAUGGCCGAUUCUGGAAAACAGAAAAACAUUUGAUUCCUAAUUCUACAAUCAGAAUGUUAUCAUUUGUACACACAAAAAGGAUAAUUGUGGGAUUAUCUCAGGCAGGGAAAUUUGAAGCAUAUUUCAGAAACCAAUUCCAUAGAAAUAACCUGUGUCAUACCUCUCAGAGUAUACAAACACCAAACAUUCCAGCCAUAUGUGAUAGCAGAUCGUGUGUUCCUGAUUCUAUGGUUAUUAAUAUGCUUCUAAAACAUCCUCCAUUCUUCUAGGCUCAGUCUUUCCUGCUCAGGGCCUGAAAGGUUGACAUCAGACAGGCCAGUCAGGCUCUUCCACACCAAACUAGGGGAACCUUUUCUUACAAAACUGACUUUGUGUAUCAUCAUACUGAAAAAGGAAAAUGCCAAACUAGCUGUUCAUACAGAGCUGGAAGAACAUUGUUGUCUAACAUGUCGUUGUAUUAAGAUAUUUUUUUAUUCAUUUUAAUUAUUAUUUGUAUUAAGAUUUAAAUCUAAGGAGUUACUCUGAACCAAGUGGAAAACUCUAGGGUUGAAAAAUGAAGCCAUUGUGAAAGUACUAAAAAUGGCAGUUCCUUGAGGCUGGCUCCAAAAAGCACGUCAAUCCACAUUUGACCCUAUGUUAAAAUGACCAGCUUUACAGCAGAAAUAAGCAUGUUUACAGUCUGGUACAAAAAAACCCACUUUGGUCAUUUUUCUAUUUAUGACCACUGUAUUGGGGGUAGAUUUCGUACAACUUGCCCAUAUAAAUUGCACUAAAGCUUAAAGUUACGUGUAGUUAAGUGUGUGGCCACAUUGCGUGACAGAUGGGUAUCAUGAUAAGACAAUCCAUGGCCCAAGAAACGUUUGCAUGGCCCACCUCAGCUCCAGACACACUCCACCUCUUUGCUCAUUUUUUGAUUAGCCAGGCAUUAUGUGGAAUCAGGCACAACAAAGAUGGUGAUAGCCUGAGUCACUAUACUGAGCUCCAAAACAUUUGUUCAGUGAACAUUUAGGCGAUGACAUGAAAGUUUUGUCCAUCUUUAUUUUCAACCUGGCUAUGGAGUGUCCACUUACUUAAGGCCAAAUAAAGUAUCAACUGACAAUCUAUUACCUCUUAGAGAUGAAAUGAGGUUCACAAACAAUCUCAGAAAGGCUUAAUUCCUAAGCCAUUCCUUGUAUACUUCUUUUAAAAUUAAUACAUUUUUAUGUAACUGUUUCAUUUCACAUUAUUCUUAAUGAAAAUGCAACUUUUUCCCAGGCCAAUACCUUUUUAAGAUGUACACUCACACAUAUCCACCAAAGCUCUUCAUAAUGAAACAUAAUGCACCAAUAAGCACAUUUCGCAGAUUUCAUACAAAAGGCUUUGGAAGCCACACUAACACCACUAUAAUGGCUUGGAUGACUCAUCCUUUUGCAUAACUGCUAUUACCUUGUUGCUAUGGUGCCAAACCCUGGCCAAACUCUAUAUGGCAUUCUUUUACAGUUGAUGCCUUCAGAUGACGAUGAAGUGGUAGAUAUUGCUGUUGGUUUUUUAUUUUGUUCUGAUAGAAAAAAGCUGGCGUGAUUCUAUAUUUUAUUUAUUGUUAAAAAAAUGCACACUGAUGAAUAUGCAUUUGUAUUAAAAAUGUAAAAUCAUUGCGUGAAGGAGUCGGCCACUGCAGAUUUGAUGACAGUAAAAAUCUAAAAUGCGAAACAAGGCCUGUAUCCUGCUGAGAAUUUCAUUCUCUGCAUAAAUGAUUACUGAUAAUAAAUAAACACUUUUCUCCCUUUUUCCUAUUUUUUGAAUAGAAGAAGAGCAGAAAUUGAUGUUUGUGUUGUUGUUGGCCUUUGUGGCAGUUUGUUGAUAAGGGAUGAACAAAUCUUAACAUCUAUGUUGCAAAUCCAAUACAGAAUAAUAGCGUUCUCAUGAAAGGGAAAAGAAUGUUAAUAUAGUCAAGAAAAAUAGUGAACUGAAUAAAAGAAAUAUUUUUUUGUGUUUGUUUUUAAAAUGCUUAUUUUUUUAAUGAUUAUUAUUUAAUUUUGUUUUAAUUUUUUGUUAUUGAGAAUGAGGUCACAUAUGCAUAUGCAGAAGGGAAAAUAAAAGGGGCUGUAAAGACCAGACAUGAGGGUAGUGUCUGCACGUUUAUGUAUACUUGCAUCUAAAAAUUGCGUCUUUAAUGACAAACAAGCAUCCGUUAAAAAAUUUUAAAAAUAAAAAUCUUAAACUUGAAAGAAACAGUGAUGUUAGUGUACCCAAAAAUAAUUGUUUGAGUCAUGUAUUCGGUGAGUAUUGUCCAUGGUCUUUCUAGAUGUACCUUGUUGUAACCGUCGUAAUAAACAUGCAUUUGCUGAAUGUAAAUAUGCAAA